AUGGAAACAGCACUAGAAAAGGAAGUUAUUUACUUCCCUGCGGUACAACCUGAAUUAACUGUUCAGUUCAUUGAAAACCUUAAAGAUUUCAAAGAUAGUGAUAUAGAAGAAUGGGUUCAACGAAUAUCCCCUUUCAAAUUCUUGCAUAUCCCAUGUUCAGUUCCCCAUCAUUCCCACAAUGAACCUGCUUCGGUUCUCCUCUACAAUGAAUCUGCCGGCUCCCCACAAUGA